AUGUCCCGCCUCCUCCCACUCGUCAUUGACAAUGGCACGGGCUACACAAAGAUGGGCUUCGCAGGCAACUCGGAGCCCUCCUUUGUGUUCCCCACCGUGAUUGCGACUAAGGACUCGACAUCGACAUCCGGUAGCGGGACGGGGCGCCGUCCCGCCCCGCCGGUCGCGGCUAAGCCUGGCCACCUCGCGAGCAAGCGCGGUAUUGAGGACCUCGACUUUUUCAUUGGCGACGAGGCGGUGGCCAACUCGAAGACAUACUCGCUCCACUAUCCGAUCCAACACGGCACGAUCAACAACUGGGACCAGAUGGAGCGUUACUGGGAGCAGAGCAUCUUCAAGUACCUCCGCGCCGAGCCCGAGGACCACUACGUGCUGCUCACCGAGCCACCGCUCAACCCGCCCGAGAACCGCGAGAACACUGCCGAGAUCAUGUUCGAGUCGUUCAACGUCGCAGGCCUCUACAUUGCUGUUCAGGCUGUACUGGCGCUCGCGGCGUCGUGGUCGAGCUCCAAGGUCACAGAGCGCACGCUGACUGGUGUGGUCAUUGACUCGGGAGACGGCGUGACACACACCAUUCCCGUCGCCGAGGGCUACGUCAUCGGCUCAUCGAUCAAGCACGUCCCUAUUGCUGGCAGCGACAUUACCAAGUUUGUGCAGCAGCUUCUUCGUGACCGCGGCGAGUCGGCGCAGAUUCCUCCAGAGGACCAGUUCCGUGUCGCCGAGAAGAUCAAGGAGGACUACACCUAUGUGUGCCAGGACAUUGUGAAGGAGUUUAGAAAGUACGACGCCGACCCGUACAAGUACUUUUCGCGGUACUCGGGCGAGCACUCUGUGACUGGAAGGAAAUACGACGUCGACGUCGGCUACGAGCGCUUCCUCGCCCCCGAGAUCUUCUUCAACCCCGAAAUCUACUCGUCCGACUUUCUCACCCCCCUCCCAGAGGUGGUCGACACUGUCAUCCAGACGUCGCCCAUCGACGUCCGCCGCGGCCUGUACAAGAAUAUUGUCCUCUCGGGUGGCUCGACAAUGUACAAGGACUUUGGCCGGCGUCUGCAGAAGGACCUCAAGACGAUUGUUGACAGCCGCAUCUCGCUCUCCGAGGACCGUUCUGGUAACCUCAUGCGCUCCUCGGGUGUCGAGGUCAACGUCAUCAGCCACAAGCGCCAGCGCUACGCCGUGUGGUACGGCGGCAGUCUCAUGGCGUCGCUGCCCGAGUUUUACAAUGUGUCGCACUCGCGCGCCGACUACGAGGAGUAUGGCCCGAGCCUCGUCCGCCGGUUCUCGGUGUUUGGCAGUGCGACCUAA